UCGAUUCUCAUACAUUGCACUUAAGAAGCUAAAAAAUUAACAGAAAAUAAUAAUUUAAAAAAUAUUUAAAAAUUUAUUUUGUUUAAUUUGUUAUGUCUUUGCCAAUAUUUAUCAGAUUCUUGUGCGAAAUACGUUCAACGAUUACUAGAUCGAUUCCCCAUACCAUUUCCACAUUACUAUAAGCUUUUGUUUCGAAUACUGCUUGAAUUUUAGUCCCUGCUUUGUACUUUGAAUUAAAAAUAGACUUUAAUUUAUUGGGGUACUCUAUUAGAUCCCGAGUCCCCGGGCUGAUUAAAUUCAAUCCACGCCAAAUUCAGUCAUAAAUUUUACAAAAUGCUCGUGGCAUGCAACACCCCGCCAAUGCAAAAAAAAAUUAACUCAGUGUCAAGUUUAAAGGGCUACCUUAGGAAAACAAAAACAAUUUAAUUUCUGGACAGAAAACACGCACACGGAAUAAUGUACGAUGGCUGAACGGCGAUUAAGUUGCAUUUAAAUCAAAUGCAGAAACCCGAACGGACAACGUCAUGAACAACUCCAGCGCCGCUCUGGCAGCCAAGGGUGCUGGAGCCGUGAGGAAUCAUAGUACCUAUGUGAUACCCGGAGUGUAUGAUCUCUCGGUGGAGGACACCAACUGGGUCCUAACCUCCUCUUUCAUCAUUUUCACGAUGCAAACUGGAUUUGGAAUGCUAGAGUCCGGAUGUGUCAGCAUUAAGAACGAGGUGAACAUCAUGAUGAAGAACGUAAUCGACAUUGUCCUUGGCGGAUUCACCUACUGGCUUUUUGGAUACGGCAUGAGCUUUGGCCGAGGUCCACUUUCCAAUCCCUUUAUAGCCGUCGGAGACUUCUUGCUGGAUCCACCGGUGGGUGAUGCUCUCAUGGGCCAGAUCUUUGCCGCCUUCCUGUUUCAGCUCUCCUUUGCCACCACGGCCACGACAAUUGUUAGCGGAGCAAUGGCUGAAAGGUGCAACUUCAAGGCCUACUGCUUGUUUUCAUUCCUGAACACUGCAGUUUACUGCAUCCCAGCCGGAUGGGUAUGGGGGGAGCAUGGAUUCCUCAAUAAAAUGGGCGCCGUGGACAUUGCCGGCAGCGGACCAGUGCAUCUUAUCGGAGGUGCCUCUGCCUUUGCCUCAGCCGCUAUGCUAGGACCUCGCUUAGGACGCUACUCCGAAGGAUAUGAUCCAUUGCCUCUGGGAAACCCAGUCAACGCGUGCAUGGGCCUCUUCGUCCUCUGGUGGGGCUGGCUGGCCUUUAAUUCUGGCAGUACUUACGGCGUGAGCGGUUCCAAGUGGCAGUAUGCGGCACGAGCAGCGGUCAUGACCAUGAUGGGGUCUUUUGGCGGCGGCUUCAUAAGCUCAAUCUACUCUUUCUGGCGACAUGGAGGCGGCAUGGACAUCAUGGAUCUCAUCAACGGAGUACUCGGAUCAUUGGUAUCCAUCACUGCAGGAUGCUUUCUUUACCGUGCUUGGGAGGCACUUGUGAUCGGAGCAAUCGGUGCCCUUUUCUGCGUCCUGGCAAUGCCUUUAUUUGAUCGGAUGGGCGUGGAUGAUCCGGUCGGAGCUAGUGCUGUCCAUGGAGUGUGCGGAAUCUGGGGCGUUAUUGCCGUUGGACUUUUUGCCGAUAAUCCCAUUCCCCUGGACACAACCAAUGGACGAAGUGGCCUGUUCAAGGGCGGUGGAUGGUAUCUGCUGGGGAUUCAGACGCUGUCAGCCUUCUGUCUGUGCUGCUGGGGCAUCUGCUCCACAUGCCUGCUGCUAUUCGUCGUCAACAAAAUUAUCCCUAUUCGGAUGGAUCCACACGAGGAGCUGCUUGGCGCCGAUCUCACCGAGCACCGUAUUCGGCACUCCCAGAUCGGUUUAUCCCGGGCUAUAUCCGCACUGGCGCCCAUCAAGGUGGAUCUGAAUGAAAUCGCCGGCAUCCAGCCCAUCGGCAUAAAUCCCGGCCACGAACGAAGCAUCGACCAACUGCGUGCAGCGGAGGACAAACUGCAGCAAUGGCAAUCCUUUCUGGAUCAGGUGAGUUCUCAAAAGACCAAUAACCCGAAAAUGGAUGCGGGCCAGUCCCAUGCAGACAUCACUCUCAAGCCCCGGACAGCGGGCAAUGUCUUCAACCGCCGACCCACAGACAGAAACUCCACCACCGGAGGCAUAUACCGAUCCAAUAAUACUGAGUUCCCUGUCAUCGGUAAACCCGAAAAGGAUCCUAAUUUUGCUUGGGUGGAUUAGGAUUUAUAAUAUAUCAUUAAUGUAUUGGAUUAACAAGAAAGUCAGCGGAUAGUCUGUGAGACACGACUUUUAUUUUAAAAGAUUCUAGAGUUUUCUGAAAGUAUGAAUAGACGCAAUCACUGUGGACGAAAAUCCACGUAGCUGACUAACCACAUAGAAUAGUAUAUUCGAGAAGAUAUCUUACGUUCUCUAUGCAAUAGUCCAAAAAUUAAACCACAAAAAUAUACAUUACUAAGUGUAGUACUCAUCGUGUACAUAAAUUAAAUAAAACCUAAAAAAACACUAGAUAAGCUAUUAAUUUCUGCUUAUCUUCUGUGGUUUUAUUAUCCCGAUAAGAUAAUGCGUCUAUAUAAACAUUUACCAAAAGCAGACUUAGUACAACAUUCCCCAACUCUUAUAAAAAAGUUUCUGACAUUUAAUUAAUAAUAAAAACAAACUAGUUUUGCAAUUCUCAAAUUUAUUUAUUGAAUUCAAGUACAAGCAAAUAUUGUUUGGAUGAUCGAUCGAUGACAAAUAAUAUAAUAUAUAUUAUUAUGGA